UGGUUACAAACCUAUAAAAUAAUUCAAAGAAGCCAGCAACUACCCAGUCAAGAUGAUGUCUUGAGUGUUGUAAAUCAUUUAGAACAAAUGGUUACUUUACUUGUAUAUGAUGUAAAAAAGGCUGAUAUGGUUGCUAAUUUAAAUAUUAGUGAUUCGAAAUGUUUGAAUUAUCUUUUGGAUUCAAGAAUUUUAGAACAGUUAUUUGAAUGGGGUAUAAGAACAGGAAAGUAUGCAAAUGCAGUCUGUCUAGAACAGCUAAAAUUUUAUGAAAUGUUAGUUUGUCAUGUGAGACAACUUCUACUAGCUCAUGAAACAUUUUUGAGGCCUAUGCUAAGGUUACUUAAUUCUUGCCAGUCCAAUGUUUUCCCAAAAGAUGUUGAAAAAUGUUUAGUUUCCUUAUUAUCCCAAAUUUGUGUUUUAUUAACACAAAACAGUGACAUGUUGGAGUUAUUUUUUACAACAGAACAGGGACGCCCAAAGUUUAUAAUUUUUGAUCUUUUGGUUACUUUCCUUCAUCGAGAGGACUAUUCUGGAAUGCAAGCAAGAGAUGCUUUACUUCUCUGUAUGUCUUUAACAAAGAAAAAUGAUCAGAUAGCUUCCUAUAUUUCUGAACAAGUAAAUAUAUGUGUCCUUCUUGCAACAGGAUUAAGUGGUCUCUACACUAUUUUACCAAAUGUACUAAGUGAUAUAGUUUCCCCUGAUUGGCAUCGUUUAACACCAGAUGAUGUAAAAGAUAUAAAAAACCUUUGUACAUUUAUAACAUCUUUGGAAUUUAGCAAUGCUGUUGCUCAAGUUUCUCAUCCAUCCAUACAAAAACAAAUGCAAGAGUUUCUUCAUAGAGGUUUUUUAAUACCUGUUCUUGGUCCUGCCCUUCUACAAACAGAUCCUGCCGAACAAAUUGCUGCAACAGCCUAUUUGGAACUUAUUUUGAGAACUGUAACCAGCCCCGGUUUACUUUAUUCGUUAUUGCAGUUUUUAUUGCAAGUACCAUAUGAUGGUCAGAAAAUGUUAGACAUACUUAUUAAAAGAAUAAAUUCUGANCGUCAAGCAAAGGAAUUCUUACUGGAAAGGGAAACUAGACUGAUAAAUGCAC